AUGGAAUUGCUGGACUUUCCAAGGCUCAGGAAACGGUUUGAAUUGGCCGACCCACAAGACAAAGUCAGGGUCUUUCUCUUCUCAAAGGACCAAGAAGCAAUCACAAUCCAUUCCGAAAACAUGGAAGAAGAACACAGGGUCUUUCUCUCGUCAAAUAAUCCAAGAGGAUGCGUGGGUGAAGUCUUUUGUUUAGAAAAGGAUAUUUUUGUGUGUGUGGGAAAGUCAAGCGAAAAAAACUUGAUUGUUAAAAGAACAAAUGUUGGCAAAGCAAUGAAGUCUCUUUAUGAUAAUCUAAAGAGGUUUGAUAAGGCCGAGAUAGUUUUUGAGGAUUCUGACUUCACCGAAGAUGCUAUUUUCUCUUUGAUUUUGGCCAGCUACACUUAUGAUUUCCUGAAGAAGACAAAAGAAGAGACUUCUUUCCUUCUACGCUCUGAAAAGUAUAAAAAUAUCAUUGAAAUAGCCCAUGUGCAGAAUAUUGCCAGGUUUCUUGGAGACACGCCAGCCAAUCUGAUGACACCUACUGCAUUCGUCGAAUACUCGAAGAUGAUUUUUGAGGGAGAUAAUGUAGUAAUUGACGUCUACUCAAAGGACUACAUGGCUCAGAAUCAAAUGAAUCUAAUCUUGUCUGUAAGUCAGGGAUCUGUUCAGGAGCCCAAGCUGCUACGCAUAAAGUAUGAAGGAAGGAUUCAGGGGUCUGUGGAUAUAGCUCUAGUAGGUAAGGGUGUAUGCUUCGACAGUGGCGGGAUCUCAAUAAAGCCCGCUGCAAACAUGUACUCUAUGAAGCAUGAUAUGAUGGGUGCUGCUACACUACUGUGCUCAUUGAAAUUGGCUGUUGCUUUAGGCAUAAAGGCCAAUAUUACUGCAACAUUACCACUUGUUGAGAAUUUGCCUUCGGGUAUAGCUACAAAACCAGGCGAUGUGUUCAAAAGCAUGUCAGGAAUAACUGUAGAAGUAGACAAUACUGAUGCUGAGGGUCGGCUGAUCCUUGCCGAUGCAUUAACGUUGGCCCAGAAAGAGAGCCCAAAGUAUCUAGUUGAUGCGGCUACACUCACGGGUGCAAUGAUUGUAUCCCUAGGUAGAGUAUAUGCGGGCUUCUUUACGGAAGACGAUGCCUUUGCAAAAAUGAUCUAUGAAUGUGGAAUGGAAUGCAAUGACAUGUUCUGGCGCAUGCCCCUCUCUCCAUUUUACAGGGAAGCUAUGAAGUCUCAUGUGGCGGAUAUUAAUAACAUGGGUGGUCCAGAUGGUGGAUCUUGCAAGGCAGCCGAGUUUUUGAAAGAGUUUGUAGACACCGGUAAGGUCAGGUGGGUCCAUUUUGAUAUUGCAGGAACUAUGGACAAGAGCUAUAUUUCCGAGAUUCAUGGGAAAGAAGCGACAGGUAGACCAGUAAGAUCGUUUGUGCGUCUUCUUGAAAAGUUAUCUUUGUGUGAGUAA